AUGUCGACCUCUCCUUCACAUGAUCCUUUAUCACCAUCAUCGACUAAUGAACCUCUCAUUACAGCGAAACAGCGGCCCUUCGUUAAUCUCCUCAUGAAAAUUCAAGAAGAUAUUUCGGCAAGAAGUUACUCCCAGAUAGAAUCUUAUACUCAAGCUAUUUUGGAAUUGGAACAAAAACCAAUCCAUCAUCACGAAAACAAUGAUCAAGAUAACAACACCUUGAAGGCUUUUAAUUCCAUCAAGGAAAUUGGCAAGUUAUGGCUUGCGUUAGGAGAGUUGCAGUUCGGAUCGGAGACUAUGGAUGAACAAGCCUUGUCCAGUAUUGAGAAGAGUCUAUCGUAUGAUAUCACGAGAAGUCGAGCUCACUUCUUCAAGGGAGUGAUAUCGAGUUUUUUGGGACGAUUUGAAGAUGCUCUACAAGGGUUUGAACAAGCAAUCUUGCUGGAACCAGACAAGGCAACGUAUUGGUUUGAAAAAGGACGAUGUGUAUUGACAAUGGCCACCACAAACAGGGAUAGCAAUACAACAUCAAGGUUGGUCGAAGGUCUUGAAUGUUACAAGAAGGUGAAAAGUUUGAGUCGAGAACAAGCCCUCCAAUACGAUCUCACAAGUUCUCUAUUUAAUUUAGGAAUGAAGUUUACAUUUGAAAAAGAUUUGGAACAUGCUCUCGAGUCAUUCCAAGAGGCAGUAGAAUUGCAACCUGAUGAUUUACAAAUUCAUGGGAAAAUUGUGCAACUCUAUGAAACUCUCAAUCAAAAAGACAAACGAGAUGAGAAAGUGAAAGAAAUUUAUGCCAUGUACAAGAGAAAGGAAUUUCCAAACGAUAUGACAAGAUUCUGUAGAGAUCAAUUCGAUAUUAACUCAUCUCCAGAAGCAGAAGGAAAGAAUAUUCACGUAUUUGUGUAUGAGCAUUUUGAGCUCGUUGGAAACAAUGCUGUGAAAUUUGUUUUCCAAUGCACAGAUGAAGCUCAAAAACAAGUUUUAUUGCGUAUUUCUUUGGGAAGUUAUGAAAUGACAAAUUCACUGAUGAAAGAACUACGUGGUUUGGCCGACAAUCAAAGAGUCUAUCACUUGGAUGGAUACUAUCAUGGUAACUUGCACAAAACCUUUGGGUUCUAUGAUGGAACCGAUGAUGGGCCUGCCAUGAGUUAUGAUGACUUGAAGCAAAAAGUGGUUGGAAUUUUAGAUGGAAGUAAUGCAACCGUCAUGUCCUCUUCGACUGGACCCAAUCGAUUCAUUUAA